AUGAACUCUGCAGCUCUUUAUAAACGUUCCACUACCGGUGUUAUCCUGCAGGAGGCGGCACUGAGGUCAUUCUACCUCCCCGAUGAACCUCAGGACUUCGAGUUGCACGAGCUCGGCGGUCUGCAGCGUCUCCAUAGCGACGACAUCCUGAACCGUAAUGGCGGUCAGGACAACAGGAUCUCUCUGAAGGACGGAGGCGACGCCUGGCUGCUGAGGCCCAGACCUCGAGGGGCUGAGGUCAUCAAGGUGUACGCCGGCUGGCCCAGGUCGGGUGCAGCUUUCGUGUGUGUCUCCGUCUCUAAGGACACCACGGCAGCUGUAGUCCUCACUGAGGUCCUCAGUCAGCUGGACAGACAGGAGGACGAGUCCAGCUUCAGUCUUCUGGAGGUCUUCAUGAGCAGCAAGCAAGUGCAGAGACAGACGCUGACGCCUCAGGAGAAGAUUCUGGACAAACUGCAGGGGAUCAGGAAGUUGUCUCUUCGACAGAUGAACCAGACUCGGUUCUACGUCGUGGAGAACAGGAAGCGGGCGGUGCAAGUCAACCUGCUGAUUGGAGGACUGCCCCCCCUGUUGGCCAGAGAGGAGUACGUCCAGCUGAUCCAGGAACAGCUGACCAUCAAGAAUCACCUGGUCACCAUCACCCACAUCUACCCCAGUGAAGGUGCAGUAGUGCUGCAGGUCUCGUGUUUCUCUGAAGCAGAGAGGAUCUACAUGUUGGCUAAAGACACGUCUGUCGGCAACAAGACGCUGACAUCACUCGUCAUCCCAGAGAUCAUGCACAACAAACUGGCUGAAGACGUCUGCCCCCUGCUGGUGUUCGUCAACACAAAGAGCGGAGGCCUGAAAGGCCGCGAGCUCCUCUACAGCUUCAGGAAACUUCUGAACCCUCAUCAGGUCUUUGACAUUUCCAACGCAGGACCGCUGGCUGGCUUCCACACCUUCAGGGAGGUUCCCAGGUUCCGGGUGUUGGUCUGUGGGGGUGAUGGGACGAUGGGCUGGGUGCUGGGAGUCCUGGAGGCCGUCCGACACAAGCUGGUCUGUCGAGAGCCGCCCAUCGGCAUUGUGCCUCUGGGAACAGGUAAUGACCUGGCUCGUAUCCUGCGUUGGGGGCCGGGUUACAGCGGCGAGGACACCCACCACAUCCUUGUCUCUGUGGACGAAGCAGACGAGGUUCUGAUGGAUCGUUGGACCAUCCUGCUGGACGCUCAGGACAUGUCUGAGGACGGACAAGACAACGGCUUCCUUGAGCCGCCCAAGAUUGUUCAGAUGAACAACUACUUUGGUUUGGGCAUCGACGCAGAGCUCAGCCUGGACUUCCACCAGGCCCGAGAGGACGAACCGGAUAAGUUCACCAGCAGGUUCCAUAACAAAGGAGUGUAUCUGAAGGUCGGUCUGCAGAAGAUCACUCACACCAGGAGUCUCCACAGAGAGCUGCACCUGCAGGUGGACGCUCGGGACGUCCCCUUACCAAACAUAGUGGGACUGAUCUUCCUCAAUAUCCCCAGUUGGGGUUCAGGCGCUGAUCUUUGGGGGUCAGAGGACGACGGUCGCUAUGGGAAACCGAGCAUCGAUGAUGGUUUGCUGGAGGUGGUUGGGGUCACGGGGGUCGUCCACAUGGGCCAGGUGCAGAGCGGCCUCAGAUCUGGGAUCCGUAUUGCUCAAGGGAACUACAUCAGGCUGACGGUCAGUAAACCCAUACCGGUGCAGGUGGAUGGAGAACCGUGGAUCCAGCCGCCGGGUCACAUCAUCAUCUCUGCCGCUGGACCAAAGGUCCGGAUGCUCAUGAAGUCCAAACAGAAGCAGAAGAAGAGUUCAGCUGGAGCGAAGGACGCUGGUUCAGAGAGUCCGAGCUCCAGAGACGCCGGAGUCUGAAUGUUAGUGGAAGAGAAGCUUGUUCUUCUUCAUGCUACAACACCAACUGUUGUGUGUGUGUGUGUAUAUAUAUAUAUAUAUAUAUAUAUAUACAUAUAGUACUACAUUUAAUUUACUGUCAUCUCAAAAGAAUCAACUCAAUUUCAUUCUAUGAUGAAUUUUAUUUCUGUUGAAGUUUUAAAAACUGGAAUGUAAAAGAAAUAAAAUAGAUAACAAAUGUCACACGAUUAGCAUGUGGCUAAGAAAACUUAUGAAUUGUAAUGACAGGCUUUAGUAUGGUCUUCCUGUUACCAUGGAAACCAGGCUUACACUGCCCAAACUUUCAGUCAAUGCUAAUGUUAGCAUUGACUGAAAGUUUAGCUGCUUUCAAAUGGGGUCGAGUUCAUUGUGUUCGCCAUGUGAACGUCUCCCUCUCGUGUUACCGUGAACACCUGGAGGAUAAUUCUCACUAUAAAAUUAAAACGUACGUUUCCUGAAGAGACGUUAGCAGCGAGUAAAAACGAGAUGACUCUAACAUUACUAGUUUAACAGUCUAGUUCCAGAGCCAGAUCAAAUUUGUAAAGUAAAUAUUAAGAAACUCGGAGCUAGCUACUUGUGCGGUUGCCAAGCUACACACAAAAGAUAAGUAAAUAUUCAAACUAAAAACUUAAAUACAAUUUAAUGCAGCGUCUGGUGGAGUCGACCGAAUUUAAAUUUGGGGCAAAAACUUUAUAUUUAAUCAUUUUCUGCCAAAACUAAAGGAACAAAUAUUUGUGUAAAUUUUUCCAAAUUGGGUGCAAAAUAUUUUUGCGUUACUUUGAGUGAAACGUCAGAUUUUGUAGAUUUGAAACGGUGAGCGAUGAGCUUCAGCUGCCAGUUUGUCCUCCGACAGAAAGACUGACUUCAUCCACAUUCCCAGAGACUCGGUCAUUAGAGAACAGACGAGGGAUCUGAUGCUGGACGUCCCAGCUCGUCGGUUGUAAUAUUUACAUUUUUUAAAUUCUACUUCUGCAUUUACUGAUUUACUUUGAUGUUUUUCUAUGAUUUGUUAAAGUUGUGUUUUAUUCAAAGUGUCAAACCAACGUUCAGCUGCAUUUUCUUUAACAUGAAGUUCACGUCUGAAAGAUUUAAAUCCAGAUGACUUCAUUUACUGUCAUCAGUGGCAUUAAGUGUGUGUGUGUGUGCGCGUGAGUGUGUGUGUGCGUGUGUGUGUGUGUGUGUGUGUGUGUGUGUGUGUAGUACUGUCCUGUAGUACCAGGAGUGUUUUAUUACUGCAUGACGUACUGUAGUUCUGCCUCCGAGUGGAGUGUCGUUUUUUUCUGCUUCCACCAGUUUAAAAACUUCUCUUUCAUUUUCUAUGAAAUAAUCAACUUUCUUCAUUUCCUGCUGCUGAUCCAGGUCCAGGCCGUUUUAAAACAGAUUGAAAACUGUUUUCAUCUUGUGAUUGAGCCGUCACACUGUUAAUAACAAUAAUAACAGAUAAGACGUCUUCACUUUAACUUGGAUUCACAAUCAAGUUGUUUAAAAGUUCCUCCAACCUCCUGAAAUACUGUAUUCUCUACUUCUAUGUUCACAAGUUCAAGUUUAAUCUUGUUUUCUCUGGAUAUGAAGAGUCUCAUUCAUACGAACUUUGACUGGGAUGUUUCACUGCUCUGCUGGGGGGGGGGGGGGGUUGUAAUUUCUUUCAAAAAGUUCUUGAGUUUUUACUUUUUUAACUUUUGAUGAAUCAACGAAUGAUUUUGUGUCUUGGAGACAAAAUGAAACUGUCAUGUCCAGUAGGGGCCAGUAGGGGUCAUCACAAUGCCGGGACCCUUCAGAACGCGAAUCCAGAAAGUCAAAGUUUCUGAUCCAGAAGAAUCUCAGAUUAUAAUUCUUGAAAGCUUUUUAUUUGUGCAUCGUUUUAGCGGUUUGUAAUGUUCUGCGUUUUGUUGUUGACUGUCAGUCGCUCAACGUCUUUCUCACUCAUGCCACUAAUUCCGCUCACAUUUGGUGGAAUGUUAAAAAUGGGCUUUAGGGUGAUUUCUCUGCUUCUCACGGUCCGUUGUGCCUCGUAGCGUCUGACUGUCGUGCUGAUGUUGCGCCCCCUGGUGGUGGUGUGUUAGCAGUAGUGCCUCAUUGACACCCUCAGUGCUCUGACGUGUGUUCGUGUGCUGUGCUUCGUGCUGAGCUAACGUGCCUCAUGAUUUCUGCUGUAACUCGGUUUAGUUUUUACCUGAGGUUUAAUUGAACAGAUGAUAUGUAUAUUUUUGCAGUUUUUUUUGUUUCCAAUGUAAAGUUGUAACUGUAAAUUGCACUAAUUAUUUCACAGAUGCUCUUAGAUGUGACGUUCAGGUUAUUAUUAAUGUUGUAAUA